AUGUAUAAAAACAUCAUCGUCCUUACAGCCUCGUUGCUGGCUCUGUGCCAGCCUUCUCUUGCUUUGCCCCGUCGGGUCAUAGAUACUGACUUUCCUGACCCAGCUUUGCUCGAAACCAAGGACGGCUUCUAUGCAUUUGCGACGACUGGCAAUGGAGUUAACGCCCAGAUUGCAUUCUCCAAGGAUUUUAAGAAGUGGGAACUUCAGCGAGGCAAAGACGCACUUCCCGGCCCAUUCCCUUCUGGCUCGUGGAUAGCCGACCAUCCUGCUCUUUGGGCCCCGGACGUGGUCAAGCUCGAUGACAACUCGUACGUAAUGUACUUCUCUGCUGCUCCCAAGUCCAGCCCCCGGGGACAUUGCGUUGGUGUUGCAACCUCCAAGUCUGCUAUGGGGCCCUACAUUCCCAAAGACAAACCACUCGCAUGUCCUCUCGAUAAAGGAGGUGCCAUCGACCCAUCCGGAGUCCUCGACGGCAAUACUCGGUAUGUCGUGUACAAGAUUGAAAAUAUGAAACUGGGAACUCCCAUCAUGCUCCAAGAGCUACAAUCCGACGGCAUUACCCCGAAAGGCGACCCGAUCCAACUCAUCAAACGUGACGACAGCGACGGCCCCCUUAUCGAAGCACCGAGUAUCGCCAAGGGGAAGGACGGCACGUACUAUCUUACUUUCUCGUCGCACGUUUUCAAUACGAAGGGCUAUGAUGUGAAAUAUGCGACUGCACCAAAGGUAACUGGGCCAUACACACGGGCUAAGAAAGAAUUACUGAAGACUGGCGAUCCUGGUACGGCGGGGCCCCUUGCCGGCCCGGGUGGUUCUGACUUUUCUGAAGAUGGGACGAAAAUUCUGUUCCAUGUGUUGAGGAAUGGCCAGGAUGCAAAGAAUGGACGGGCACUAUAUGCGGCAGAUGUGGUGUUGGAUGAGAAGAAGAUCACCGUCUCUUGA